UAUCAAAAUUUAAUAAAACAAGAAUACUAAUACUCGGUAAAAGCUUCUUGGAAUGAGGGAGUACUAUUUUAGGCACUAAAUUGCUGCGGCUGAGUGCUGACGGUCUGACCGGGGCCUGGUAGAAUAACAGGGGAGGCCAAGCAGAUCACGUUGAAAAUUGUCCACCGGCGACAAUUUGGGGUACUCCAUCCGGCAUUUGGGCGAGACAGCACGACAAAUUGUUUCUAUCCUGAAAAUGGGCUCCUCCGCCGUCGCCGCCCUUCCUCCGCUGUCAUCUGAUUCGGAUUCCGACUCUGGCACCAGCUCCACCGGAUGCCACGGCCACUCCGACCUCUCAUCCUCCAUAUUCAAAUCCUACCUCGACCUCGCCGGCGGUGGGAACCACCAGCAACACGAUCUCAUCAAGAUCCAAUCCUUCCUCACCUCCUCCCGCUCGGGCGCCCUCUCCUGCCUCAUCUGCCUCGAGCGGAUCAGGCCGGUGGAUCCCACCUGGUCCUGCACCUCCCGCUGCUUCGCCGUCUUCCACCUCCUCUGCAUUCAAUCAUGGGGUGUCCAAGCCUCCAACCUUGCCGCCGCGCGCGCCGCAUCCCGAGGCGCCACCCCAGGCGAACAUUCUCUCCUCUGGCACUGCCCCAAAUGCCGAAUCGAGUACCCUAAACACCAAAUCCCAAAAAACUAUUCCUGCUUCUGCGAGAAAGUAGAGAACCCGCCACACGAUCCAUGGGUUUUACCUCAUUCCUGCGGGGAAAUCUGUGGCAGACCAUUGAAACACAAUUGCGGGCACCAUUGUCUACUGCUCUGCCAUCCAGGCCCGUGCCCCUCCUGCCCUAAAUUGGUAAAAGCCAAGUGCUUUUGCGGUUCGGUAGAGGAUAUGAAGCGAUGUGGUUUCAAGAACUUCUCUUGUAAUGCCACUUGCAAAAAGCUUUUAGCUUGUAAGACUCAUAGGUGUAAUGAAAUCUGCCAUGAAGGUGACUGCCCGCCAUGUACCGCAAAAGCCCUUUAUAAAUGCCAAUGUGGGAAGAUGACAAUGGAAAGGCAGUGUUUUGAGAGGGUUUUCAGGUGUGAGAGUCCAUGUGAUCUGUUAUUAGGUUGUGGUAAGCACAAGUGUGACAGAGGUUGCCAUGAGGGCGAAUGCGGAAAGUGCCCAUUUCAGGUGAAGAGGACAUGUCCUUGUGGGAAGAAAGCUUACGAGGGGAUGUCUUGCGAUGUUGUUCCGCCUGUGUGUGGCGAAACAUGUAAUAAGAUGCUGAGCUGUCGAUAUCAUAGGUGCUACGAGAGGUGCCACCGUGGGCCAUGUAUUGAGGCCUGUAGAAGUGUUGUUACAAAGGCGUGUAGGUGCGGGAGCCUUACAAAAAAGGUUCCUUGUUAUCAAGAUUUGACAUGUGAAAGGAAGUGUUUAAACCUUCGGGAUUGUGAACGGCAUGCUUGCAAGCGUCGCUGCUGUGACGGAGAUUGCCCCCCUUGUUCUGAGAUUUGUGAUAGGAGGCUCCGGUGUAGAAACCACAAGUGCCCUGCUCCAUGCCACAGAGGUGCUUGUGCUCCAUGCCCGGUUAUGGUGACAAUCUCAUGUUUGUGUGGGGAGACAUACUUUGAGGUUCCUUGCGGCACAGAAUCUGAACAGAAACCCCCUAAAUGCCCCAAACUUUGCCGUAUGACACUUUUAUGCAGACAUGCAUCAGUUUCUAAGACACACAAAUGCCACUAUGGAGCUUGUCCCGCAUGUCGGUUAAUUUGUAAUGAAGAAUACCCUUGUGGUCACAAGUGCAAAUUGAGGUGCCAUGGCCCUAGACCUCCCCCUCUUCCAGAAUUUACAUUGAAACCGAAGAAAAAGAGGUCAACUCUUCAAAAUGAUUCAACCCCUGGAACACCAUGUCCUGCUUGCCCUGAACUUGUUUGGAGGUCUUGUGUGGGGAACCACAUUGGAGCAGAAAGGAUGAUGGUGUGCUCAAACAGCGCUGAAUUUUCGUGUGAUAACCUAUGUGGAUAUCUUCUCAACUGUGGCAAUCACUACUGUACUAAAACGUGUCAUGCCAUUAGCUUGAAUCCUUCUUCUUCUGCAUCAGAAGGGCAUAGUAGAGCUGAUUCAUGUGAAAAAUGUACUCUUCGCUGCCAAAAGGAGAGGGAGCCGGCAUGUCCACAUCCUUGCCCCUUGCCAUGCCAUCUUGGAGAGUGCCCUCCUUGCAAAACAUUGAUCAAGAGGUCAUGCCAUUGUGGUGCCAUGGUUCAUGCAUUCGAGUGCAUCUACUACAACACCUUGUCUCAAAAAGAUCAAUUGUCUGUCCGGUCAUGUAGAGGACCCUGCCACAGAAAAUUGCCAUUCUGUACACAUCUUUGCCCAGAGAUGUGUCAUCCUGGCGAAUGUCCAUUACCUGACCAAUGCUCCAAAAAGGUUGUUAUCCGAUGUGGAUGCCAAACCUUGAAAAAAGAAAUGCUAUGUAAAGAGGUGCAAGCCAUGUACCGGCAGCGUAGUGGUUGUGAUGAUCCCAAAGAUUUGUACAAAAUCCGCCAAUAUGGAGUCGGUCUGCUUCCUUGUAACCCUAGCACUGUUUGCAAGGCCAAGAUGAAGGUUACCGAGUCGGAGUUACACCUUCGCAAACCAAAACCUCAAGAGGAAAGGGAAGAAGCAGACGUGAAAUCCAAUGCCAAGAAGCGUAAAAGACGAAUAGAUCAUGUGCAGGAAGACAAGAAGAUCUCAACACUCCAGAGCUUUAUGACUGCAAUCUGGAGGCUGCUACUGUUUGUUACCAUUCUUUUAACUCUGAUAAUAUCAGCCUAUUAUGGCUAUAAAGGGCUGCUUUGGUUAUCAGAUCGGAUGAACGAAGCUGAAACACAGCGAAGAAGUAGAUACCCACCGCGUUUCUAGCGUAAAAAACGAAACCUCUCAAGCUCCGUUUGGUACAUGGAAUUCAGUUUUGGAUCAAUGUAAUUCUAAUAUAUUUCGAUGGUUUUAAGUCCUUCAUGUUAUGUAUAAUCUUUGGGUCUAAGUUAUACUUCUAAAGAUUGAAAACAAUGAGAUUUCAUAAAGUGAUUUGGUUUCCCUCCCCAAAUCACAAAAACACUAACAUGACUACCAAUGCAUCGUAUUGGGGAAAUUAG